GUGUGCCGCGUGGGCAAAGUCAAAGAAGAACGAGCUAGUUGUUUGUAGUAGUUCCGAAAAAAGGAAAAGGACAGAAAAUGAAGAAACAUAUAGUAGUAGCCACAACGCGUUAUGAAUGAAUGAACGAGCGAAGGAACGCCAUAAAUAAAUAAAUAAAUAAUUUUCCAUUAUCAUCAAUUCAUCAUCAUUCACUCAGCACUCAAGUCAAGUCAACUAAAGUCAUUCUUCUUCUCUCUCACAACUCAAAUCACUCACCUAUGGCUGCCAGAGAUAUCCUUCAUAAGAUGAAGGAAAAAGUUGGGUUUGGUUCAGACCCUGAUUCAGGGAAAGGAAAGAGUAAGAUGUCGAAACACAUAACUCAUGGCUUUCACUUGGUAAAGGGAAGAUCGUAUCACGCCAUGGAAGAUUAUCUCGUUGCUCGAUUUAAGCAAAUUGAUAACAACGAAUUGGGCUUGUUUGCGAUAUUUGAUGGCCAUGCUGGUCACAAUGUACCUAACUACUUGCAGUCACAUUUAUUCGAUAAUAUCUUAAAAGAGCCUGACUUCUGGAAAGAGCCUGUAAAUUCUGUCAAAAAAGCGUAUAGUAUAACCGAUUCUAGUAUUUUAGAGAAGUCAGGUGAAUUAGGUAGAGGGGGUUCAACCGCAGUUACUGCAAUAUUGAUUAAUGGUCAGAAGUUAAUAGUAGCCAAUAUCGGGGAUUCUCGGGCCGUUUUAUCAAAGAAAGGUGUGGCCAAACAACUUUCAGUGGAUCAUGAACCAAUCACAGAACAUGAAGAUAUAAAAAAUAGAGGUGGUUUUGUCUCACGAUUUCCAGGGGAUGUUCCACGAGUUGAUGGACGGUUGGCAGUGUCGAGGGCAUUUGGCGACAAAAGCUUGAAAAAACACUUGAGUUCAGAGCCACAUGUAACAGUGGAGAAGAUAAACGAUGAUGCAGAGUUUGUUAUAUUAGCCAGUGAUGGAUUGUGGAAGGUAAUGUCAAAUCAAGAAGCAGUUAAUACUAUCAAAGAUAUAAAGGAUGCUCGGUCUUCGGCAAAGCGCCUCACUGAAGAAGCAGUUAACAGGAAAAGCAGUGAUGAUAUCUCCUGCAUUGUUGUGAAACUUCAGUGAUCACAAUUCACAAGACUCACGUAAACUUUGAUCAAUAAACUUGCAAAUGUAACAUAUACUUUGGUGUAAUGAUUAAGCUUGAUAGCCAUAAGGUGCUUUUAUUUUGUUAUGUCCUUCAUACAAACCAACUGAGACAAUUUGAAGACCAAACUACAUUUUAAUUUGUGUGUAUAUUAGAAAGUUUGGUCAAUAUCACUGAUCUGUGUGGGGAACUAUACCAAAAUGUUUAUUGUUAUAGGGAAACAUUUUCAGAAAAAGCUGAGAAUUUACCCUUGACAACAUAAGGGUUAUGUUUGUCACCAUUUUAUCUGCUCUUCUGUGCAAUAUAUUGAAAUUGCUGUACUCAAUACAGAUGCAGUGUUAUCUAGCACAUGAGAAGAUAUUAAAGGUGAAGUAAAUUUCUUA